GCCGACUGCUUCAAAUCGUCGAACCGAAGAUGAAGAGAAUCAUUUUGAUUUUGAUUUGGUGCUUCUGCGAGUACAAUAAUUGCAUUGGGUAUCCGGAAGAAGAAGCCGUCGAGUAUCACGGAGGGGCGAAGGGUAGCAGCGCUCCCGAGAUCACCAAACUGAAAAUUGUCAGAGGUACAGUCAAAAUUGAAGCUGAAAAUGUAUGGCGAGUGAAGGUAGAACUCGAGGACGAAUCGAGUCUGGAGUUGAAAUGCAGACAAACCGAUGGAAUACUGAUAAAUGACGAUACUCCUGUAUGGCUUGCUAAACGUGCGAACAGAUUUGAUGAAAUCAUCUACACACGUAUGGAUUCGGUCCUUAGGAACCUGGGGCCAUUCAAAUUCUGUCAGAACUUCGACAGGAAAGUCGCCGUCACGCUAUUUCAUGAUCAGAAAAGAGCCGAAAUAUUCAUUGCAGACGUGCACGGGCUGAACGCCACUCGUGACUUGCCUGAUGAUAGUCUUUAUAUUUUAAAUUUACUAAAAGAACUGAGAUCACAAAAAUCCAUACACGACAUCGAAAAAGACCAUUUGCGCAGUGAUCCAGUACCAACAACUGUUUACCCUCAGUUGUUAAUUCAACUGGAGGCAGGCGAUGCACGGGAAAACCUGCAGCUAGCUUUAAUGCGUAUGCUAUCAUAUUGGAAUGCCGUAGACAUGCUGUACAGUCAUUUCAAACAGCCCCGAAUAAAGCUCAAUAUUGCGGGGCUCAUAGUACCUGCGGAUAGUUUCAGUGCGCCGUGGAUCGCAAAAGCCAAACAGUCGGACCAUCAUGAGCACAUAAAUGAUAAAAGAGCGAUCAUUGAAUUAGGAGAACAUUUUCACCGCUACGCCCAUAUAUUCUCCGAUGAUAAACACGACUUCAUGAUCAGUUUUAUAUCGGAACAGUUUGAUGACGAUCCUAGCGUUUUGGGUAUAUCAUGUGUAAAUUCUCAUUGCAACAGUAGAAAAUGUCGGGUUGCUGUAAUUAGAAAUUACUUGGAUUUGUACCUCGCCGGUGCUCACCAGCUCACGCAUCUGCUUUCAGCCCAUUCCGAUGAUUUGCUAACAGACUGCAAAAGCAAAGAGAUUAUGUCCGAUCUUCUGGGCGAGAGUAGUGGAAAGCGCGAGUGGUCUAGCUGCUCUCACGAUUUAUUGCAGAAUUUUUUCAAGAAGAGGAGAAGCGAAUGCCUUGACAACUGCCCUCGAACGAACCCGGAUUGCGGAAAUAAUCCGAAGCCUGUGCAAAUAGCGAGCACUCCCAAAAUUUCUUGUGUGCGUCAUCCUGCAGAAAUAUGUAAAAAGACUCAGUGGAUAAUGUUCUCUGGACACAUAUCAUGUGACAGAGGUAUCACAUGCCAUCGCAGCAAGAAAUUGGACCAUAUGUGUGCGAAACCUUCAUUAUCUCGUAAUAAAAGCAAACUUUGUAAAACAUCCUCUCCUAAGCAUAUUGUACCGGCUGAAGACGGGACGUUAUGCGGUUUUCCGUCCAAUGGCCCAAUUUCGGCAUGCUAUGCCGGUGAGUGCGUUCCAAUUUCUUCGGACAUUCCUCGAUGUCCCGAGGGUAAUUAGCUCGUGAGAUUUUGUGGGAGGAGUGAAUUUAUGAAAUAUCUGCUAUUAACGGUACUGUUGUGUAAUAUGAUGAGAUCAGAGGAAAGAAAAGGUUUGAUUUUCAGGAGAAGAUUUGAUUGUCACUGAUAUUUAGGGACAUGUUCCUGUUUUUCAGAAAUCUAUCGACAAUUAUUAGUGAUUAUGUCACUAAAAAUUGAUGACAGAGUCACUGCAUUUCAGCAUUUCGCACUCGUUGAAUUUUACAAUCCCAAAAGCCUAAUAACUGGGGAAAUUUAUUGAAAUUUCAGUCACAGUGGCGUCUGAAGUCUCGAUGUUGUGAGUUUGAAUUCAAUUUCAAAUGAA